AUGCCUCCAAAGCAAGCACAAAAGAGUCCAAGACACCCUCAAACUGUGAAACCAGAAACAACCACUCCGAAGGCCAAAAAAUCAAGCAAGGACACAAUAACCACACCAAAGACAACACCUACAGCAUCAUCUUCAAGUGCAAAGGCACCAAAACCGGAGAAGAAAACAUCUGCAACAUCUACCCCAUCAAAAUCCAUUAGAAAAUCUAGUAGUGAGAAGACUGAACCUGAGAAGGAGAAACCAAAAGGAAUUUUAAAGAAGGCGUCAAUCCAGAAAAUUGCCAAAAUUCAUGGAUGCAAGAGAAUUUCAGCAGACGUUUAUGAAAAGGCAAGAGAAAUGUUUGAUCAACUGUUGGGUGAGCUGAUGAGAGAUGCUUCUAUAAUCACACAAUACAAUAAGAAGAAGCAAAUCACCUUCCAAACCAUCAACCAAUGUUCCAAACGAUUGUGGAAUAUUACUGUUUACAAUGGCACUACCGUUGAUGCAGUGAAAGAUAUGGCAAAGAAUGAUGAUAGUGACUAUUCCACAGAUUAUUGCUCAGAUGCUGACGAAUAA